UCUCUGUCUUUCUCUCUCUCUGUCUUUCUCUCUCCCUUCCUCGUCACACCUUCAUUGCCCAGCCGGUGUGCAGCGCGCGUGCAGCUGAUGGCGGCGGUGAGUGCUAAGCGAGUGCUGGUGUAUGGAGGAAGAGGAGCGCUCGGCUCGAGCUGCGUCCACCAUUUUAAAUCCAGAGGCUGGUGGGUGGCCAGCAUUGACAUUGUCGCUAAUGAAGAAGCAGAUGCGAAUGUGCUCGCAAAGAUCUGCGACGGUUUCUGUGAGCACGCGGAGCAGGUGACAUCAGAUGUGGCUCGGCUGCUGGGAGACCAGAAAGUGGAUGCCAUCGUGUGUGUGGCCGGAGGAUGGGCUGGGGGAAACUGUGCCUCCAAAGACUUGUUUAAGAACAGCGAUUUGAUGUGGAAACAAAGUGUGUGGACGUCCACCAUCUCCACGUAUCUGGCCUCUCAGCACCUCAAGCCUGGAGGUUUGCUCACUCUGACCGGAGCCAAGGCUUCACUCAGCGGAACUCCAGGUAUGGUGGGUUAUGGCAUGGCGAAGGCAGCAGUGCAUCAGCUGUGUGAAAGUGUGGCUGGAAAGAACAGCGGGCUUCCUGCAGGCGCUGUAGCCGUGGCCAUCCUCCCGGUAACCUUGGAUACGCCGAUGAACAGGAAAUUCAUGCCUGAUGCAGACUUCAGCAGCUGGACACCAAUGGAGUACAUCGCAGAAAUGUUCUACAGCUGGGCCACUGGGUCAGAGCGGCCAGCCUCAGGCAGUCUGAUCCAGCUGGUGACAUCAGGAGGAAAGACAGAGGCCACGCCGGUUCAGUAAAAACCAGGAGACGAGAAGAGGAGUAGAAGAAAAGAGGGUUGGAUAAAGCAAACAUUUAGUAUUCAGCUGCAUAAAAGAAAUAUAAUGGCAAAAAAAAAACUUCUUGUGAUGGGAGAAUCCAUUCAGCCUUACAGUAUUUGAGCACAGUGCCACCUGUUGACAUUUUACACUACACACAAUUCCUUAUUAUUGUUUACAUCAUGUUUAAUGGUUAUUCUUAAAGACAGCUUAAAGAAUAUUAUACCACAGCACUGUUGAAUUCUCAAACAGAAAGUAAUGAUUCAUUUUGAUAGUAGUUCUGGCUGUAAUUCGUAUUGCAAGUUUACCGUUUCUAUAGUAACACCUCAUACACAUGAAUUUGUAUGGAGGACUAAUUAUGAACAGAUUAAAAAAAUGUGUUGUUAUUUCACAAAGCCAAACUAAAUCAUUGAUAUGGUGAAGUUUUCUGUAAGGAGACAAUUUUACAUUUAACAUGUAAGGAAGGAGUCUCCAGUGUCAGAGCUUUGUAUCAGUCAGUUUUCAACCACAGGAGCGGAGUGUAUGCUUUCCGGGUUCCUCAGUAACAUGUCAAGUUGCGUUUUUUUUUUUUGGUCUUAUUAUCUUCAAGAGCUGUUAUAACGUAACAUGUAACAUAGCUAUAAUGUAGCUGUUUAUAAUGUAAGUGAUAACAGGAACUAAUUUGGUUCUCCUUUCUUGGACAUUCCACAACAUUACAUAUGUAGCUAUGAAUAAAUAAAGAGUAUGAUGUGUCAUUCAAUAAUAGGUUAAAAAUUGUAAUCACUGGCAAAUUGCUGUGGUGUAAGUGUAAGAAUAAAACACUUCAGGACAUACUGUUAUUGGAAAUAAAAAGUUAGGGGUGGUAACUGUAACUCUUCAUGUCAUUCCACAUCACACCACCCAUCAGAGGUUAUUUUUUCUAUAACAGCAUGCCCAUAAGUGUUUUAUUCCUUUGUAGCAAAUCAAACAUUGUUUAUUGACAGUCUUAAGCUGGAACAUAAGAGAAGAGUCCGGUAAGCUUUCAGUCACAUGACUUUUUACCUCUUCAUUGUCGAAAAGCAGUAAAAUGCUCAGCAGUUAAUCCUAAUGUACAAUGCAGCUUUUCAAACAAGUGACCUUACCCUGCUUGUGUGUGUGUUUGUGUAUGAGAGUAGAAUAUAGAUGAAAAAGUUUACAGGUAAACACCAUCCAUCAAAAUCUUUCCUGUGCUUUAUGGCUGUGUGUUAGAGUGGUACUGUGUAUGGGCCAGUGUUAAGCAGUAAAAUAUUUCCCAUAAUCCA